AUGAAGGAGCUCAGGAUACUGCUACAAACAAGUCUAACUUUAUUAAUCCUUGCAGGCAGCAGCUCUGGACGAUACGUCAGUUCAGGGCCCAGUCUGAGAAUGGACAAGGCUCUGUUAACUUUCCAUAACCAGCUGAAAGAAGAGGUGCAGGUUUUCUACACGUCUGAUUACUGCCACAAGUGUAUGUACCAGCAUCUGGCCAGUGUGAAACCCAACAACAACAAUGCAUCUGUGGUGAUCAGCACUAAAUUCACUCUGACUGUGCAGGUGGAACCACAGACCAGGAACUCAACUCUGUGCAGGUGGAGUCAGGAGUAUGGAGAAGGUGGUCAUUACUCUGUUUGGAUCCAGAUGUCAGAAGCCACCGGUGAUCCCAGCUGUGCUCACACUGUGUCCAAAAGACCAAACAACGUAUACCUGCCUCUUGUGGUUUCAGCUCUCUCACUCGCCAUAAUCGCUCUCUUGGUCGUUGCGUCACCUUACAUCUACAGGAGGCGUCGUACAUCAACAUUUUUUAAGACCAUUUGCUGCCAAUGCACUCAGUACUCCGUGGAUAAUGACGGAUCACGUUCUUCUGAAGCUGAGCACAACCCCACCGAAGCCAAACCAACUCGUCUGCGCUCACUUGACACUUUCCGAGGAUUUGCCCUGACAGUGAUGGUGUUUGUGAACUACGGUGGAGGAGGCUACUGGUUCUUUCAACAUGCCCCAUGGAAUGGUUUAACUGUGGCGGACCUUGUCAUGCCCUGGUUUGUGUUCAUCAUUGGCACCUCAGUGGUCUUGGCUUUCAGAUCCAUGCAGAGGAGAGGGGUGAGCCGCCUCCAGCUGCUGCGCAAAAGCACCUGGAGAACCGCCGUCCUCCUGCUGCUCGGCUUCUGCUUCCUCAACUACUCACCGAGAGACGGACCACUCUCCUGGUCCUGGCUGCGGGUCCCUGGAGUGCUGCAGCGUCUGGGCUUCACCUACUUUGUUCUGUCUCUGCUGCAGACUUUCUGGAGACAGAGAGAAAUCCCACUGACAUCGCAUCACUGGUGGAACCCCAUCCAGGAUGUGGUCUUGUAUUGGCCCCAGUGGCUGAUAAUCAUCCUGCUGGAGACUCUGUGGCUGUGCAUCACCUUCCUCAUGCCGGUGCCCCACUGCCCCACAGGGUACCUGGGAGCUGGUGGAAUCGGUGAUGAUGGUCUUUACCCAAACUGCACUGGGGGCGCUGCAGGACACAUUGAUAGGCUGAUGUUUGGUGAUAACAUGUACAGAUACCCCACGUGCAAAGAGUUGUAUCAGACCACACAGCCCUUUGACCCAGAGGGGGUUCUGGGUACAAUCAACUCCAUCGUCAUGGGAUUCCUGGGGAUGCAGGCUGGGAACAUCAUCAUUUUCUACAAGGGGAGAAACGUCCAGAUCCUGUGUCGAUUUCUCGCGUGGGCCGUCGUCCUGGGAAUCUCCGCUGCCAUCCUUUCUAAGUGCACGCAAGACGGAGGAUUUAUACCUGUCAAUAAAAACCUUUGGUCGUUGUCCUAUGUGACUUGCAUGGGCUGUUUCUCCUUCCUGCUGCUGGCGGCCAUGUACUGUGUCAGUGACAUCAAGGGCUGGUGGGGCGGACAGCCGUUCAUAUACCCAGGGAUGAACUCCAUCUUUGUGUACGUCGGCCACUCUCUCCUGGGUUUCUACUUCCCGUUCAGCUGGGAGAUGCACUUCCAGCAGAGCCACUGGGAGUGGCUCUUCCAAAGCCUGUGGGGGACCUCGCUGUGGGUGCUCAUUGCCUACCUGCUCUACAGGAAGAAAUUCUUUCUGAAAAUAUAA